AUGGGCUCCGAUUUGCAGCAAUGGGCACUACCACGCCUCCAGAGGCUCUUGCCGAUCGACGACGAAUCCCUCAAAGAGAUUAUCACAUACACAUCGAGCCUGGACAAAAGCUCAGGUGCAGAGCAUCUCAAAAACCUAUUAGGCGACUCGCCACCUGCACUUGAGUUCAUCUCAUCCUUCAACAGCAGGCGUCCCGGUGUCGCACAGAGUCGGAGAUCGAAAAGUCCAACACCACGUACAUCGAUUGGGCUUAACAAUGAUAGUGAUACCGGUGUGCCUAGUUCGAAGAAACGACAGCCGAAGAAGUCAAAACCGCCAUUGCACUCCAGCGGGCCUGCACGCACUCCCGAAGGCUAUGGCAUUGUAAGUGGUGGGUAUACGAAGCAGUACAAUAGCGACAGCCAGGUUCAAGGCAAUCGUCAUCCGGAUGGGCUUCAGGUACCGCAAACGACAUAUCUCAAUACCACGGGAUCUUCUGCAACUUCAAGGGAUGCAUCACCCGCAAAGGGCUCACAGAAGCUGCCGCCUUCUGCGUCUGGCAAUUUAAUCUCGGACUUUGGCUUUGCCAACGUCCGCGCGAAGCAGUCGAAGAAGCCUGUUCAUCCCAGCCAUUCACAGCCGCAAUCCGGGACCUCCACGCCACACAGACGCACUACGUCAACGACGACCUCGAGUGUAUCUGACCUGACAGCAGCGAUAGCUGCUCUGGAAUUGGCCACGAAUCCCUCCUUGUCUUCACAGCGAAGGAAAUGCACGUGUAAUGCUUCGAUACAUCCACUCUUCACGACAGCUCCAAAUUGUCUGAAUUGCGGUAAAAUUAUAUGUGCGCUAGAAGGGCUGCAACCAUGCUCAUUUUGUGACCGACCAAUUCUAACCAAGGACCAAGUCAACGACAUGAUCAGAGCACUAAAGGAAGAGCGAGGCAUUGAGCGGAUGGCAGUCCACAACGCAGGACAGUCACAUUCAGGAACGGGCACACCACUAUUCGGAGCCUCGACACCAGAUAGUGCCUCGGGUGAUGAGGCAUCCUCCGCAGCUUCCCGGGCUCGGGCACAUCGAGACAAGCUUUUGGCAUUCCAGAGAGAAAAUGCCCAACGCACAAGGGUACAUGAUGAAGCGGCAGACUACGAUGCGACGCUCACGCCGGGCACCACGCAGUGGAUGAGCCCAGUUCAACGGGCCGCCGCUCUGAAGAAACAGCAGAAAUAUCUAAGAGAACUCGAGGAGGCCAAUCGGCCGGAUUGGGAGAAGAAGAAGACGGUGAUGAGUAUGAGCAUCAAGAACGGCAAGUUGGUUAAAACGUACGGACGGGAAAAAGCGCCCUUGUCGGGUGAGAAAGACGAGGCUCCUGAUACAGACCCCGAUGAGGGGCAGUCCGAGGCUCCGAAGCAGCAUUUGAGCAUAGGGGAAAAGGGCGCCUUUAGCAAUAAUCCCCUUCUUGCUACGGGGAAGCUCAUUCGGCCCAUGUGGAAGGCACCUGAGGGCAGUGCCAAAGGCAAGGGCCGUGAGUUCGAUGCAGGCACAUCUCGCUCCAGUGUCUGGCGAAGAGUCCAGGAUGACAAUGAUGACAAUGAACAGUGGAUAUUGGAUGGGGGAUUGCAUGGCUAUGGGUCUGAGAGCAGGCUGAUGGAAGAUGGUAGCCAGCAAGAGUGUGCAUAG